AUGAGCAGCUUAAGAGCCAGCCAACUGUCUGGCUCUACGGCGGUCAAUUCCGCCUCAACGACAUCUCUGGCGUCCAUGGGUUCCUCAACCACGAUCACAACGCCGGCAAAUGCCGUGGUUGCCACGGCCAAUAUCAUUAAUCAGAGAGCCGACGCCUCUAGAUCUCUAUAUCAGAUUUGCGUGGCACUCAAGCAGCGGUUAGCUACAGUUCCGGAUUUCGAAGACUAUUUACAAGUCUUGGAUCGGGAUGCUAUGUCGAGCGAAUAUAAUCCCGUGGAAUCUCUUUGGGGCCUACUGAGGAGCGGCGACCCGCUGCUCACUAUAUAUAAUUCGACCAAACCCGAUGUCCCUUUAAACCCAGCCGAACUUCCCUCAGACCCUACGAGACGUGCCAAGGCAGCUACAUUCAAGUUCAUUAAUGCAUGUUUGAGACAAAUACUAAUUCCUGCGGCUGAGUGCUUUAUUGUGUCUGAUUUGAUGAGAGAAGAUACGACAGGCUUUGUAAAGGUCAUCCAAGUCAUCAACCAUGUCCUCGACAUCGCUCAACAAGGUGGCUACCUCCUUCAAGUUGCCCCCUACCCAGAGGAUGGCAGUUUUGAGGGGCCCACCGCCCAAAUGACAUACCGAGAUCAUAUUAUUCGCGAACUUGUUGACACAGAGCGCAAAUACGUACAGGAUAUGGAGAAUCUACAUGAUUUGAAGAAAACCCUACUAGAUAAGGCUGUUAUUCCUGGUGACGUGGCAUACCAAAUAUUUCUAAACUUGAAUGGAAUUUUAGACUUUCAGCGACGAUUCCUUAUCAGAGUUGAGACGACAAACUCAAUGCCUCAAUCAGCACAGCAAUGGGGCUCAAUAUUCGUGAUGAACGAAGAAGGAUUCGAGAUUUACCAGCAAUUCAUUGCAAACCAACGGAAGGCGGCACAGGUGGCAAAUCAAGUAUUUGACAAGAUUCAGUUCGCUGAACACCCUGUCGCUUGUGAUUUCAAUACUCUUGAUGGUUUCCUUUUGAAGCCAAUGCAGAGACUGGCCAAAUAUCCCCUAUUGCUUAAGGAUCUACUCAAGAGAGGUGAGGUUCCGCCGGAAAACCACGACGAGCUCACGAGAGGAAUCGAGGCUGCAGAGCGAGUUCUUAAACAGGCGAAUGAAGCUGUCAAUCGUGCCUUAUUGCGUGAGGCGCUAGAGGAGCUCAGAGCCCGAGUUGAUGAUUGGAACAGCCACCGAGUGGAUCAUUUCGGCGAAUUACUUCUACACGGCUCAUACCAGGUGAUAACAGGCCGUAGCGAACAAGAGAAAGAUUAUGAAAUUUAUCUUUUCGAAAACAUUCUCCUCUGUUGUAAGGAGGCUCAAGCAAACAAGAGCAAAGACAAGAAAGACAAGAAUAAGUCUAUUUCCAAGGGUCGUAACAAAAGUAGUAAGCUACAGCUCAAAGGUCGGAUUUUCAUGUCAAACGUGACAGAAGUCAUAUCCUUUGCCAAACCAGGUUCGUACACGAUACAAAUUUGGUGGAAAGGUGAUCCUGGCGUCGAGAACUUCAUUAUCAAAUAUAACAACGAAGAAAUCAUGAAGAAGUGGGCUACUGGUCUCGACGUGCAGCGAAAGAUCAAUAUCCCCCAAUCGUCAGCAACAAGCCCCGAGCAGGCCACCCCCGGUUUCACUUGGAUGAGAAAUGUUGAUAAUAUAGAGAAUCCAUAUGCUGAAAAGGACGACGACGAUGACGACGAUGACGAACAGCCAAUCCCAAGUCAAAUGUCAUCUCCUAACCCAGGAUACAGCUCCAACAUGGGAGGUGUAAUGGCACAUAAUGGUUCAAGUAGUAGUCUUCGUGCUAGGUCGGUGACAACCGAUAGCACUCAAUCACUAGCCAGCCUAGCUAGAGCACCACCGCCCCAAUUCCCGCUUCCGCUUGCCCCGAGACAGCUGAGUGUGCAGACGGGUAGUGCACAACCCCCUUUGCCUCGCGGCGGCGAAUCGUACUUCUCCCCCACCGUAGACUCACCUGCAUCAUCCAGAACUAGCACAGCCAGCACUUUGUUAAGUCAAAACGGUCAGUAUCCUUUCCCUCGGACUUCUACACCCCAAGGGGGUUGGGAAGAUAGAGACACCAAUCGAUACACCGCUCCAGCUAUGCCGCGGGCGCCCUCAAGAGACGGUUCAACGCCUGUUAAUGGACGAAACCCGAGGGGACCAUCUAUGCCAGUCAUGGCCUCGCAGCAAACACUCGCCCAGCAGCAACGCAGCCGAUCAUACAGUACACCUGAUAUCAACGGGCAAAAUACACGAAGAGCUAAUACCACUACUCCUGUUCCUGCAGUGCCUGGAAUUCCACCUCACCUCCACCCUGCUCAUGAUUCUAACAUCCCACGGUCUCAAACUGGAUCUCCUCGACAGGAUCCUCCUGUGCGUGCAAACACCCAGAGCCCAGGCGUUCAACGAGAGCGCUUGAACCAACAGAAUGGCCAGUAUGGCGCGACAAUGUCCCAGUUCCCCACCCAGCCUAUAUAUCCCCGACAGGCCACGCCGUCUAUGGGACAAGCACCAGGGUCAACAGUGUCACAGCCCCUCAGUCUUGAUGGCCGGCAAGUAGUAUCGUCAGCCCUUGGCAAUGCUGCUGCAGUCAAUGCAGCCAGCAAUCAGGAUUUACCGAUCCCGACACAGUUAAGAGUAAGAGUGAAUUGUGAUACGGGGACUUACGUAACGCUCGUUGUUCCUUUCAGCAUCACUUAUCAAUCCCUCAGCGACCGUAUUGACGGCAAACUCGCACGAUUUACAACCAGCUCGAUUAGUAAGGGUAAUCUGAGGUUGAAAUAUCGUGACGAAGAUGGCGACUUGGUCACUAUCGAGAGUGACGAUGACAUCCAGAUAGCGUUCCUCGAGUGGCGGGAGGGUGCAAGCAAUAUGUAUACCAACGGUGUCGGAGAAAUAGAGCUUUUCUGCGUUGGAGACAUGAACUAA